GACGUCUUCUACAUUGGCGGAGAAUACAUCACAGACUCCCGAGGAACACACAUGACAGGAUCCAUGUACGUCCGGCGCCACGGACACAGAGUCCCCGGCCAGCCCCCCAUCGUCUUCAUCCACGGCGCUUCGCAAACGGGAUCGACCUGGGAGGCAACGCCCGACAACCGCCCCGGCCUGGCUCUGCUCCAGGCCGCAGACAACUGGGAGUGCUACGUCGUCGACCAGCCGGGCGUUGGCCGGUCCCGUUAUCACGAGGCGGACAUGGGCCCGCUGACGCAUUACACGGCGGAAGAGCUCGAGGCGGCGUUCACUGCGCCUCCGCAGCAGGAGUCGUCGCCCUGGGCUCGUCGUCAUACGCAGUGGCCUGGGUCCGGCAGGCGAGGGGAUCCCAUAUUCGACGCCUUUUACGCAAGCCAGGUCGGACAUGUCGGGAGCUAUCCCAGGGCCGAGGGCCUCUUCAGGCCGGCCAUCAAGGCACUGCUCAACAAGAUCGGCCCGGCGUUUCUCGUCACCCAUUCGCAGUCGGGCCCUCUCGGGUGGCACGCGGCCGACGCCUGUCCGGGGCUGGUCUGCGGGAUCGUGGCCCUGGAACCGCAUGGCCCGCCAUUCGUCUAUCCGGACUGUCCACCGUUCAACGCGCGGCCGGAGAUAGUCGGCAAGCUGUCACAUCCGUUUGGAAUCACCAGCACACCGCUAGAAUACGAUCCGCCAUUGCCGGUAGGUGCUGAAAAGCUGCCAUAUCGUUGGGUGAUGCCAGCGCAAGGCAAGGCCAGCAUCAUCGAGGCGCCCGUACGGCAGCUGAAGAACCUCUGCCACACUCCGGUCGUUUUGGUGACUGCUGAAGGGUCGUAUCAUUCUCAAUAUGACCAUCUCACUGCUGAGUUCCUCCGUGAAGCAGGGGUUCCUGUAGAGCAUGUCCAUCUCGCGGACGAGGGCAUCUGCGGAAAUGGUCAUAUGAUGGCGAUUGAGAAGAAUAACAGAGAAAUUCAAGAGUUUAUACACAGAUGGUUGAAGAAGCAAGUCGCA